CCCACUGAUUUGCUCUUAUUUCCCAAGUUCAGCUACGUUUGUUGGAGGAUCUUCCCUCAUAGCAUACAUAGAGGCAGGAUGUCAAACCCAGAACAGUAUGACAUGGGCUUCUACCAAUCGAAUUAUAUCAUUGAUAAUCAGGAGCCGAGCUGCAAUGAUGCUAAUGCUUAUGGAAAUGUUUAUGGAUCCAGAGAACCACAAGCCACUGAGCAGCCUUCCUCUCCAGCUCCACCAGAGAUGUUCCUGCCAUCAGAUUAUGGAGGGCAGCUUUUUCAGCCAGCAUCCAACUUGGAUUAUUACUCACAGUCUCCCUCAGUUGACACUUUUGAUGAAGAGCCCCCUUUGCUAGAGGAACUUGGAAUUAAUUUUGAUCACAUAUGGCAGAAAACCUUGACGGUGCUAAACCCAAUGAAGCCAGCAGAUGGCAGCAUCAUGAAUGAAACCGAUCUCACAGGACCCAUCCUUUUCUGUAUGGCUCUGGGAGCCACAUUGCUUAUGGCCGGAAAAGCCCAGUUUGGUUAUGUAUACGGCAUGAGUGCCAUUGGCUGCCUUGGGAUUCACGCCUUACUAAACUUGAUGAGCAACUCUGGGGUGUCGUAUGGCUGUGUGGCCAGUGUGCUGGGAUACUGCUUGCUCCCCAUGGUCCUCUUGUCCAGUUGUGCAGUCUUCUUUUCACUGCAGGGUACCAUAGGAACCAUGUCAGCUCUGCUCAUCAUUACCUGGUGCAGUCUCUCAGCUUCUAAGAUCUUCAUUUCGGCCUUGGCCAUGGAAGGACAGCAGCUUCUUGUCGCUUACCCCUGUGCCUUACUUUACGGACUCUUUGCCCUUCUGACCGUUUUCUAAAGACUGCUUGAUGUGACUUUGCAAGAUCCUAUCUGUUGGCUCUUCAGAUUUUUCUGGAAGUGCAUUUCCACUCAAAUCCUGUGAGAUAACUUCCAUGUUAUUUCUGUUGAGAGAAUAUUAAGCAGAGAGACAAGACAGUGCUCAAUGAUAGUUCUCUAUUAGCCUGUUGGUGGGGAUGAUGUUUUAUUUUUUUUUUAGCCUGGAGCAUUAAAACAGUUAAAAUAUUUUGAAAUAUUAAGAGAUACAGUCUUGGUGCUGAUGAAUGCUGUUUUUCUCAAUAGACAUGCUUCUGAGAAAUUGUAAGCAAAAUAACAUCUUAUGCUUAACAUUUAUUAACUCUAUAAUAAAUAUUUUUCAAAAACUUUCAUAACUCUGUAUGUGGUUAAAAGUUACAGUUUGGCACCUUUGGAGAGUUCAGGGGUUUUAUCUAUCCAGAGUCAAAGAAAUCCCUUAAUUUACCUUAACAGCUGUUAUUUGGUCUCAUUUAGAUAAUGUAUUGACUCAACACAUUUUCAGAUUCUCACUUCCCUCUCAUCUGAUCUAAAUGCUAGGGUCUAUUACUACAGCUCUCCCUUGCAUAUAUCCAAAGUAAUUUUGCUAUAUUCUCUCUAAAUAGAUAAAUGUACCUACAGGAAAUUCCACCCAUUUUGUAUUAAUGCUAUUGAAGUUUUUGAAAUAGUUCUCAGCACUGCCCUUUAAUCCUUAUACUUCAUUUUAGUUUGAAAUUUGUUUUCCUACUUAGAUGACCAAAUAACACCAAUGCUUUACUGCUCAAGUCUCUAAUCUUUCUUCCUCUCCUAUCUGUUAUUUUGGUCCUAUUUUCAUGAAAGCCAUAAGCAUGUAGAUCACGCUUGCAUCUUCCCACCGUACGAGAGAUUCUACUUAUGUCCACUUUGCUUCCCUUUUAUUGCCUUCUUCUCUCCAUGUCUCUCUUCCCUCAACCUUCAUUCGCAAAAGCACAUAAACAUU